AAUUUGAGGCAUACAGAAAAUGUCAAAAAUAUGUCUUAAACAAUAAAAACACCUUUACCUACCAUACAUUUUGUACACGCACAGAUGUAAAAAUGUGCUAAUUACAAAGAUAAUGAGGCUGUGGCCUGUGGGUGUGAAUGUUUGAUGUUUCCAAGAAUCAUAGCCUUGAACAAGACACACCCAGUUCUAUGACAACUUCUCUGGCCCAAUCUAAGCUUCUUCCUCAGCUCCUCAACAGGAUUUAGGGUUUGCAUUUGACUUUGGUUAGAAUUUGCUGAGAUUUGGGUAUUGUUGAUGUGAGGAGUUGGUAUUGAAUUUUGAUUGCUAUGCUUAGAGUUUUGCUGUCUGUGAGAGCUGCUCGUGGAAUUUGCGCAGUUGAAUUUUUGGAACUACUGGUCUUAAUUUUGAGCUUCGAAGCUGUAUAAUUAAAGUGAUAGAUAAAGCAGUGAAUUUUGAGCUUGAUUUGUAGUUUCCGCUUUUCUCUUCAGUUGUGUGACCGGUGGUCUCAAGGUUUGCGGGUUUUGGGUUGUGGAAUUUCUUUAUCAACUCAUUAUAAAAGUUUAAAAUUUUAUCUCGGACUUUUGAAGCUACACACUGGAAAUAAGAUGAGCAUUGAAUAAGAUAUUUGUUUAGUGGCAUUUCGGCUAUAAGGAUAAAGAGGGGGCAUUAUGGAUAUUUGGGUCGUUGCUGCCGCUGCUGGUGCUGGUUAUGUAGCCCAGCACUGGAAGGAUUUAACUAAGAGUGGGACAAGUGUAUCCGACUCGGCUUCUGGCAGUGAUAGUUUUUCUAAUCUUGAAGUGGCGUCAUCAUCGCCUCUGUUGCAGGAAGAGAAAGGUCCUUUUAGUAUUUUUAGGUGUAGAAAGAAUGUAGGAAAGAAGUUUUACAAAGAAAGAGACUCUGUUUCCAACAGUGAUUUAACAGCAAAUAUGCCUUCAACUAGUGGUCUUAAUGGUGAAGAAUCAGAGCUAAUGAACAAUUACAAGGACUCUGAUGUACUUUCUCAAUCAUGUUUGUCGCCUAGAUACUUGAACAACUAUGAACUUGGAGGCUAUGGUGAAUCUUCAAAAGCCUCGCCCAGAAAAAUAGGGUCCCUAUAUAAUAGGAGGAUUCUUAGAAGUAGGCUAGUUAACAGGGAAGCCAUUAAACCUAAAAACUCUCUACAGAGCUGCCUCAUGUCUCAAAUUUACAAAGAACAUGCUGAAAUGGAGGAUUAUAUGUUUAAGCCUGGUUCUUCACUAGCUAGACCAACUGUAAGGCAGCUUCUUGUGACUGAUGGAAGUAGAAUCAUCAGCAGAGCAAGUUCUCAAACAAACAUUGUGCAAACACAAAUUGUAAUCAAGGAAGACCAAGAAGGUACCUCAGAAGAGAAAGCAUCAAUAAUUGGAGUUCCUCCACUACCGAACAGUGGGACUAGUAGUGAAGUUAAGAUAAGAAAGGACAAGGGUCGGAGACUCAGCAAGUCCAGCAAUUCAAUCGGUGCAAAAUACCUUGAUUCACAAGGAUCGCCUCAUGGAGCAAUUCUUUUCUGUUUUGGGUUAUCUAUAGGCAUCAUGUCCUCUCUCAUGUCAUAUAGACAAGAGGUUGACAAAUUGAGUGCUUUGUUGAAACAAACAGAAGACUUGGUUCAAGAUUUACAGGAGGAACUUGAUAUGAAAGAUUCAUUAACUGUCAAAGAGAUUGUCGUUAAGGGUCAUGAAUUACAGGAAACACAUGAAGAUACCAUUGACAAAGACGAAGAAGUGGUUGCUUUUUCUUCUGAACAGAAGUUUGGUCAAUUAACUAAAGGGCAAGAUGAAGAUUGUGAUGAGAGAGCACAAGAGGAUUCCAUGAGGAAAAUUGAAGCAGAACUCGAAGCUGAACUCGCCACACUUGAGCUGAACAUGACCUCAUUAACACUGGAUGCACAACUCUCCGAUCUGCUGGAGCUUGAUGAGGAAUGUGUGCCAGACAUUGUCCGGGGAGAGUUCAAGGCCAACAUGUUUAGUAUACAACCUGCCGAAGAAUCUCGCGCUGAUAGAGAUGGGACUGGCAACUCCACUCCUCACAUGAUCAAUUAUGCGGUCUCCCCAAGAGAGCUUAGCUUGCGGUUGCAUGAGGUCCUUGAGUCUAGACUAGAAGAGCGAGUCAAGGAGCUUGAGACGGCACUUCAGAACAGUGUUCAAAAGAAUCGGAACAAGGAUUCAGAGCAUACAAGAUCUUCAAGACAGUUCUCUAAUAGUGAAGCACGAUUAUCCUCUGCUCAAGGAAGUCCAACACCUGUAGAAAAAAAUGCUAUGGAUGAGGUUGCAAUUAUACAUCUAGCAGACGAUGCUCUAUAUGCGUACAAUGAGGCAUAUGAUGAGUUCACCAAAGUAGAUGGCCCCGAAGAGGAAGGUUCAAUCUCUGGGGUGGAAAACAACCAAGACAGCUUGAAUUCAUUUGAUCAAAACUUGGAUUCACUUGAAGAUGGCUGGGAAAACCAUUUCAUUCCACACCAAUCAGACACCGACAUGAAGGCAUCACCAACAAUUAGAAGCCAACAUAAAGCAGAUGACGAUAUAUCGCGGUAUGAAAUCAACAGCGAUAACGAUGGAGACAAUGACUAUGACAGUGAUGAAAUGGAAAAGUUGUUGAUAAAGCAGAUUUUGGAGAAAACCAGGCAAGGUUCUCCUGCUGUGUUAAAUGCUAGAAGAAUAUUGUUUUCAUUAGAUGAUCAUUGAAUCUAUACAGAAAAGGUUCCAAAUUAUAACAAGUUAUUCAUUGUUCAUUUAUUCAGAUCACUUCAUGUUUUUCCCUUGA